CAACUAUUCGCCAAUAGUUUGCGAAAGAAAAUUAGAACCUUGCAAGAUACCUGUAUUUAUGAACUAUUUUAAUUUUCAAAACAAGUAUGCUGUCUUUCUGUUCCACAUAAUGAUAAUACAAAAAAUCCUGUCAAACAAAAUUGAUUUGACACUUCACAUUAUUUUGAUUAUGUUAAAUCAAUGUAUGCUAAAUUAAAAUCAACUGCUUUAGCAAGCUUAUGUUGAUUUGACACAUUUGCUGAAACAAACUGUUUCCUUGGUAAGACCAGUACUAAGUGUCUUUAGGGUGAUCUAAAGAACGCUCCCACAUAAGGGAUCAAUACAGAGGCCUCCCAGUGACUUAGCAGACACCAGUGAUUUUUUACCUGCGAGUCCUGUGUCCUGGACUCACAAAAACCUCUGGAGAUGCAAAGUUUUGAAUUAUGCGAGUCACAAAAAAUGCAUUGAAAUUUCUAAAAAAAUAAUAUCUUUUAAUAUUUGGACUCAUUCUUCCAAUUCGGGGACUCAUAGAUUUGCAAGUUAUUGAGUCCCAGGACUCAUAUGAGAAAACUUGUAAAAAUAUCACUGAGACGCCAUAUCCACUAUACCGCAGCCAUUGAACCAGCUUUAAAUUUCUGCGGCUAGAAAACACACACAAUUAUAAGAUGCUAGAUCUUAAAGCUAGGAACAUGUUACUCGUUUGAAGAUUGACUUUUUUGGAUGCAUUACUUUAUUAUUGAAACAACUAUAAUAUUUUGAACACAAUAAUGUCCAUAUAUUUAUUUAAAAAAUACAUCGUUAUCAAAAAAGCUUUUGCCUGUAAAUAAGGUAGCACCUAUAAUCAUAUUAAUAUGCAACCAUGUUACAUAUUAAUGCAUAUAAAAGGUAAUUGUACAAAAAUGACUAUAAUUUGUUAAAACGCUUUACAUGUGGAAUAAGAAUUUAAACCAUAUUAUGCAUGAAAUGCACAAUUUCCAAGAUAUAACACCCAGUAACCAUCAUCAGUCUCUUAAGUAACUAGCUGUGAUUUCAUCCUUGAGGUGUACACUGUAGCCUUACAGUCACAAAGCCAACAAACUGUCACAAACCACACACGGCAAUUACGUCACUCGUUGUUUGCAUGACUACUCCAUGCAUUGAAUGCAUACAAGUGCUGUCGCUCAUGCACAGCCUGGGCUCUCAUUGACCAAUUGACUAUUUUCCAAUACAGUGACGCUCCGCCUUUUGGCAGGCUUUAAUUGGAUGAUGAGAUAGAUGUAAAUGAAAGAGGAUCAUAAAUCGGCUCUCAAAAUAUCCUGCAAAGUGGAUAACACUUUGAUCUUAAGAAUGGAUAGUUGCAGUUACUAAUCAGUAAAAGUUAAGCACUCCACACUCUGAUGUUGAAGUUCAAGUGCACCAAAGAGGGAACUUUAAAAAGCUUGUGAAAAGCACUGAAGAAAUUAGGCAAUCAUAUUUAACUGCAUGUGUAUAUAACAUAUAAGACUCUUUUUUUUUGCACAUCAUGUCUUUGGCACUAAUAACUAUAUUGCACAUGUUUUGUGCAUCUUUCAUGUUUAUAAAAGCAUCAUGGUAGUAAAUAUAUAUUUUUGCAAAAUUGAGUGACUUGCAUUACUUUUAACAAGCCAGUAGUCAAAAGAGUUAUAUGAAAAUGGUCUCUGGAAAACUUAAGAUUAAAUACAAUUUUUAUUUGAUUGAAAAGUUCAUAAUAUUUUGUAUGGCAAAUUUCUGAAAUGAUGUUGGAAAUAGUAAAUUAAUUUCGGUUUUAUAUAACAACAUGAAUUUGUAUUGAACUAUUUGAUCGUUUAUACUACUGUACAUGUGUGGACCUUUUGGUAGGGUACGUAAUACUUUUUCACGAAUUUGCUUUGUACAUUAAAUUGUUAAAAAUAGUAUUAUUAUGAUAUUGUUGUUCCUACUUUAGUGUUUAUACACCUAGUUGAAUGCAAAGAUAACUACACAAAAGUUAAGGUGCCUGUUUUCUUGAUGUACAACAUCCUUUAUGCACUCAGUCACUACUAGAUAUAGUAAGUAAUGGCACAGUCUGUGGAGUUUUUAACAGACAAUAUAAUCUCACCCUCGCUUGUUGUACGUCUGUAUUUCAGCAGGAGAUCUGAGCUAGUUCCAAGAUGGAUUUGACCACAAUAGUCGGAAUGCUUUGCUCCAUGUCCUCAUUCAGCUUCCAGCUGGUCGGGAUAAACGUAUGCCAUGGGAUUGUGAAGAAAGGAUCUACAGGGGACAUGUCACCAUUCACUUUUAUAUCCUAUUUUGUUGCGUGCGCAGUUUGGCUCAAGUACGGUCUAAUGGUGCAGAACACUGUUGUGAUAGCAACAAACUCGUUUGGUAGCAUCUUGAACUUCAUAUAUAUCAUUGUCUUCUACAGGUACAGCUCUAAAAAGCCUCAGUUCAAUCAAUUUCUGUUCCUUGGUGCUGUGAUGAUUGUCAGCCCUUUAGUGUACAUUAAACACUUCCAGACGGACGGACAGCUGGCCCUGAGUCACCUUGGGUCAUACUGUGUCUGCCUGACCAUCAUUGGAUAUGGGGCACCCUUGGUCUCUCUGUCGGACAUUGUACAUUCCAAAAGCACUGAGAGUCUUCAUUUUGUGUUGAUUCUUGCCAACUUUCUACUUGGCCUGCUCUGGACCUUGUAUGGAUUACUCAUUGCAGACAGAUAUGUUCAGGUCCCCAACUUCUUGGGAGCAAUGUUAGCCUUGAUACAGCUGUCACUGUUUGCCAUAUACCCACGGUCAUCUCAUAGCCGUAGUAAAGUGAUCCACAGCUGAUAUUUCCCUUGGCCCAUUAUCAAAAACAUUCUCAAUUUGUUAUGAUUAGAUUAGAAGAUGACUCAGCUGAGUAUCAGGAAUGUCUUUCAGCUCAAGAACAAAUCUCAGCUAUAAGAAUAUGCUCAUAUUCCUCCUCAAACUUCGGGUUGAGUUGGACUCAAAACUCAAAAGACUCUAAUGAACACCAAAGUGAGCAUGAUGGUCAAAGGCAUCUCAAAAAUUGAGAUAAAAACUCAAAGUUGAGUCAGAAGACAUGUAUUGACUUAAGUAUGUUAGUGAUUUUAGUGUGGAUAAUGGAGAUUAUAUAGUCAUUAUAAACUAUUUGUAUUCAUGUUUUACCUGUUAACAGAAAGAAUGGUCUUACUGGGUUAACAUGUGAGGAUAUGGAAGAAGAUAAUACUCUAUAGUUAUUAUAUAGAGAAUAUAAUGUGAGUGUCGGAUAGAGAUCAAGUUUAUCAUACGUGUAGUGCGUGGCUUGCCGAGUGCUACAUAGUUUCGAGCCGAGCGUGAUUAACUUGAUCUCUAUCCGACACUCACAUAAUAUUCUAUUUAUCCUAUUAUUUUGUGGUCGUUUAUCGUUCAAAAAAAGUAAAAAUACUUUAACAUUCAAAGAGACAGCGCUGGUUUUUCAAGUUGACUCCGAGGUGUUUGUUUAUUUCAACGACAUCAUUUGCAAUGACGUCACAUUGAAACAUAUAGUGUUCUUUAGAUAGAGAUCGGAAAACCAUGGUCUAAAAAUAGCGAUAGUAUAAAGCUAAAGUUUAUACGAUCGUUGUUAUACUAUCGAUUUUCAUCUGGUAAUAGGAUAAAAACUAUUCCUUACACACUAUUUACCUGUUAACAGAAGGAAAUAGUCUAGGUGGGCUUUCAAGUCUGGAAAAUGAAGAAGAUUAUACUCUAUGGUUGUGAUAAAUUAUUUCUUACCCACUAUUCACCUGUUAACAGAAUGAAAUGACCCAAUAGUGAUGCAGUGGUUAAACCCAGGUGGCGGAUUGAUCAACUUGCUUAUUUGACCAAAAUUGUUUAAACACAUGGUUACUUUUGUUCUUUUUUGAAUCACAAGUACAAAUAAACUAAAAAUCCCCUCAUUUGAAAAUCAUGCUCCUACUUUUAAACGUAAUGAAACCCCCUACAACCACCAAACGGCUUGACAAUUUCAUCUGAUAUAAGAAGGAGCUAUAUAGUCAAAACCUUCAGUGUAUGAAGCAUCUAUAAAUGUAGCCGUUUAAGCUAUCUUAAUGCUGACAAAAUAAUUGUAUAUGUUGUGUGUGUGUUUUUGUAUGAAAUGUUUUGUGCAAUAUUUACAUUUUUUCGGGUAUUGCAUUUGUUCAUGAUUGUUUUGCUGAUAUUGCAAGCAGGUUAUAAUUGUAAAGUAUUGAGUGAUGCAGGGCUUCUUUUCUUUUAACACUAGACUUCACGAGUUGUUCUUUAAUGGGAAGAAUGACACAGGGUUAUUUAAGAUUAGAUUGUUUUAUUUCAAAUUACAGUAUAAGACAUGAAGCAGAUUUUAAGAUAUUCAAAUAUACUGAAUCAAGU